CUCGCUUCUGUUUCGGUUCUUGCUACUUUCAUAACGCGACUUUAAUGAACAAAAGUAUAGAUAAAUGAAUAGAAGCCAUUGAUUUGAUUUGCAUCAUGUGGUCACGGGUCAAUUGCCUCUGUCGGAGUGUAGGGCAGCAGGCGCCUCGACUUCUAUUUCGUCACAUUCGCACGUCCGUGCUUUUGCCGGCGAAAAUCUUUGUGGACAGAGAGAAUCAGUUCGCCCACAGCAUUCUGUCGGAGUCCCUGAAGCCCUAUCAUAUUCUAAGGCCCGUCGACAGCCACGUGCAGGAGGCCAGUUUUUUGGGCUACCUAGAGGCGAACAGGAACCUCAGUCCCGACGCUCUGUACGCAAACUUUCUGGCCCUGGUGCAGCACUGUGCGGGAACGAACACCCAGAUCAGUGAGCCACAGUUCGACGGGUUCGCCCGCACAUACUGCGAGCAGACUCACCAUCUGUCCGACGACCAGCUGCUGGGCACACUGCGCGCCCUGGGCCAGCUGCCGACACCGGAAUCGACCAAGACGCGGAAUUACAUGGAGCUGUGGAAUACACUGGACAUCGAGUGCUGUCGGCGUAUAGAGCGCUGGCCCACCGGGCAGCUGCUGCUGGUGAGUGAUGCCUGGUACCAGCUGGGACUGGCCAGAAUCGGGGAGUAUGUGUGGCUGGCCCUCAAGAAGCUGGGCCGCAAGCUGAGAAAGUUGCCGCCGGAACAGCUUGUCCAGUCCAUGUUCCUGUGCAACCUGCUGCGGCGCCCCGUCUUCGAGAUGUUCGACUUUGAGAUGAAUCUGGCACGCUGUAUCGACCAGAUGACGCUGCAGGAGCUGGGCGUCAUGGCCAUGGGCUUCUUUAAGACGCAGACGCAGAUCCGGAAUCCCGAGCUGCUCAACCAGCUCUACGAUAGACUCACCAAAGAGCUGGACACCGUGGAGGACAUCACGCUGGUGUCCCUGCUGAAAGUUCUACGCUAUAGCAGCAAGCUGCCGCAAGUGGAGCCGCUGAUCCGGCUGCUUCGCGACCUGGAGCCGCAGGUGGAGCGCGUCUCCCUGCUGACCUGCCUACAUAUGGCUCUGCUCGGCUGCGAGCUGCAGACCUGCGACGACCAACUCAUCGAAUGCAUCCUCAAGCGCUUCGAGCGAGAGCUGGACCAGGCCCGCCUCAAGGACAUGGAGCGCAUUGGCCUGGUCAUGGCCCUGUUCAACCUGGAGAGCGUGUCCGGUGUGGAAAAGCGCCUGGCCGAGCGGCUGCCCGAUUUGAUGCGCCAACGCCUGGACGAGAUCAUGCGCUAUCCACGCUGCUUCACCAACUGCCUCCACUUCCUCACCAUGCGGGGUGUCUACGAUGUGGAGCUGCUCGGAGUGACCCUCGAGCCGCGUUUCCUGCAGCAUGCCUACCGCGGCGGUCUGCCCGGUCGGGAGUACUUCCACCUGGAUGGCUGUGCCCGCCUCCUGGGCGGAGAUGUGUACAAGGGCCAACUCCUCACCGAGCGGCAGAUUCAGCAGAUGGGCAAGCAGUACACGCAGUACAUACCCGAACGAGAGGGACGCUUCAAGCUGAACAAGACCGAUCGCAUUCUGGUGGACAUUCGGGACGCGGCCUCCGGCCUCUACCGACACCUCAGCUUCAAGCACAUUCUGCCCCAGUACGAGCGCUGUGAUCUGGUGUUCUGCUAUGAUCUUCGACAGCAGCGUGCACUGCCCAUCGAUGCAGACUCUUGUCCGCCGGACUACAGCGGUACAAUGCUCACCAGGCGGCAUCUGCUCGGCGCGGACAGAGAGCACGAUGAGCAUCUGGCCACCGUGAUCAUUGUGGUUGCUGGCUGGAAUAAUGUGAUACGAGACAAGCAGCGGCACACGGGACAGCUGGCAAUGAAGCUGAAACAGCUCAAGCAAUUGGGCCAUCAGCCGGUGGUGAUCAAUUGGUACGAGUGGCGCGAACUGGAAACAUCCGCGGAUCGACGGGGCUUUCUUAAGCGACGUCUGCGCCAGGCGACCGGGAUCUAAGACCAGGAUCAGCGGAUCAGCAAUCCAAACAUUCAGAAAAUCAACAUC